AUGAGAACAUCAAUAGAAAGAGAGGGUAUAAAUAUUGGCGUAAAAUUCAAAGAUUCGUUGUUCGAACUGAUGCUGACCACUGAAAAUGAGUGGUAUAUUACGGGAGCGAAGGGUAUCAUUUUCCUCGCAAAAAGGUACGAGAAAUUCCAAACACCCGAAAUACAAAAGUUGAUCGAUGAAAAGCUCUAUGCGCUGCUUGUGGAUGUGAAAAAGUAUACGGAACCCUCCGCGCGCCUGCGCAAUGAAUACUUGCAUCGGGACUCUUGGGAACGAAACAUUUUCUUCAAAUUCGACGCAAACCGCGAACCCACCUCCUGCUGUAUUGUGGAAUUUCAGCUAAGCCGUUACGCGCCACCUGCCAUGGAUGUACUCUUCUUCUUGUACGGCGAAACGCCAGCUGAAGAAAGAAAACUGCGAAUGCAAGAAUAUCUGGAGUAUUAUUAUGCCGAGUUGCAAGCGCGUUUCCGGGAGUUGAAGCUGCCACUCGACACUAUCACGAAGGAGGAUUUUCUGGAAGACUGUCGACGUACUCACCUGCCAGUGCUUAUUCUGGUGGCCAUUAUCAAACCGCUGACGAUGAUGCCCGAUGGUUUGUCGCGCAAGUGGCGCGAGGAGGAGCAGGAAAAGUUCGACUACUACAUGAAUGUUCAGCGCGAGGAACUGUUCCUACGGCUAAUGGCGCUCGAUCCCACAUAUGAAUGGCGUAUUAUGUGGCCCAUUGAAGAGCUUAUGGAAUUUUUACAAAUAAAUAGAGAUUUGUUAGAUUAA